AUCAAACCCCAGAGCUGGCGCCUCCCAGGCACCCGCCUCUGCUUGGCAGGAGUUUGAGGGCUUCCUGAGAUCUGCCUCUUCCGGAGUCAGGAUGAAGAAGAGCAAAGGUUCAGGGUGUCCCUACUCCUCCAGUGGUGGGUAGGGACAGGAGGGUGCCUGCCUUGGCUCCACCCCUGGCCCGACCUGCCUGGCCCUCCUCCAAUCCUGACCAAGGAGAGGGGUGUGGAAGUCAAGUCUGUCCCUCAGCCUGCAGGCUUCCCCUCCACGUUGAGGACAGUUCUGCUUGUGGCUGGGAUAUCCCCUGCCUCACCGCACGAGAAUUUUGCCUGUGGAGAUGGGACUUUCCUAGGCUGUGGGGGAGAAGGGAGACUAGGAAGCAUGUGGGGUAAUUCAGGCCACAGGCAAAUGAAGGAAUGUGACCAGGCCUGCUCUGGGAGGAGCUGUGUGCUGGCAGUGGCCUCAGCCUUUCACACGGAAGGGCAGUCACUCCCAGCUGGAUGGGAUGCAGGCUGCACGCCCCUGGGGAGGAGGCUGCACAUGAUCCCAGUCGCCGACGCCUCCAGCAGUAUGACCCCUUUGUCAGGGGUUCCGGCCAGUCCCGAGGCCUGUCACCCAUGAGACUGCGAGAUCCAGAGCCCGAGAAGAGGCACGGGGGCCAUGUGGGGGCUGGCCUGCCUCACGCCCCCAAACUCAAGGAAGUCACCAAGGCCCAUGAGCUGGAGGUGAGGCUGCACACUUUCAGCAUGUUUGGGAUGCCCCGGCUGCCCCCUGAGGACCGGCGGCACUGGGAGAUAGGAGAGGGUGGCGACAGCGGCCUGGUCAUCGAGAAGUCCUGGAGGGAGCUGGUGCCUGGGCACAAGGAGAUGAGCCGGGAGCUGUGCCACCAACAGGAGGCCCUGUGGGAGCUCCUGACCACCGAGCUGAUCUACGUGAGAAAGCUCAAGAUCAUGACCGACCUCCUAGCCGCUGGCCUGCUGAACUUGCAGCGAGUGGGACUGCUGACGGAAGUGUCAGCUGAGACCCUGUUUGGAAAUGUCCCCAGCCUGAUUCGAACCCACCGGAGCUUUUGGGAGGAGGUGCUGGGGCCCACCCUGGAGGAAACUCGGGCCUCGGGCCAGCCCCUGGACCCCAUUGGUCUGGAAAGUGGCUUCCUGACGUUUGGCCGGAGGUUCCACCCGUAUGUCCAGUACUGCCUCCGAGUGAAGCAGACCAUGGCUUACGCCCGAGAGCAGCAAGAAACUAACCCUCUCUUCCAUGCCUUCGUGCAGUGGUGUGAGAAGCACAAGCGCUCCGGGAGGCAGAUGCUCUGUGACUUGCUCAUCAAGCCCCACCAGCGCAUCACCAAGUACCCACUGCUGCUGCAUGCUGUGCUCAAGAGGAGCCCCGAGGCGCGUGCCCAAGAGGCCCUGAAUGCCAUGAUCGAAGCCGUGGAGUCAUUCCUGCGACACAUCAAUGGGCAGGUCCGCCAGGGCGAAGAGCAAGAGAGCUUGGUGGCUGCAGCCCAACGCAUUGGGCCCUACGAGGUGCUGGAGCCACCCAGUGAUGAGGUGGAGAAGAACCUGCGUCCAUUCUCCACCCUGGACCUGACAUCUCCCAUGCUGGGGGUUGCCUCUGAGCACACCAGACAGCUGCUGCUGGAGGGACCCGUGCGAGUGAAGGAGGGACGAGAAGGGAAGCUGGAUGUGUACCUGUUCCUCUUCUCCGAUGUGCUCCUCGUGACCAAGCCCCAACGCAAAGUGGACAAAGCCAAGGUCAUCCGGCCCCCUCUCAUGCUGGAGAAGCUCGUGUGCCAACCCCUGAGAGACCCUCACAGCUUCCUGCUGAUCCACCUCACUGAAUUCCAGUGUGUCUCCAGCGCCCUCAUUGUGUACUGUCCCAGUCCUACAGACCGUGCCCGGUGGCUGGAGAAGACCCAGCAGGCUCAGAUCACCCUACAGAAGCUGAAAGCAGAGGAGUACGUUCAACAGAAGAGGGAGCUCCUGGCCCUCUAUCGGGACCAGGACAGGGAGUCCCCCAGCACCAGGCCCUCCACGCCUUCCCUGGAGGGCUCUCAGAGCAGCACAGAGGGGAGGACUCCUGAGUUCCCGACCAUUAUCCCCCACCUGGUGGUGACAGAAGACACAGAUGAAGAUGCUCCCUUUGUGCCAGAUGAUACCUCAGACUCUGGCUACGGCACUUUGAUCCCAGGCACCCCCAAGGGCUCCCGCUCCCCGCUGAGCCGUCUACGCCAAAGAGCCCUUCGGCGGGACCCUCGCCUCACCUUCUCCACCCUGGACCUCCGGGACAUCCCUCUGCGUCCCCAGCCUCCCGACCCCCAAGCUCCUCAACGCCGAAGUGCGCCUGAACUGCCAGAAGAAAUCCUAAAAGGAGCCAGUCUUCCCCAGCGAGACCCACCGACCUGGUCUGAGGAAGAAGAUGGGGCCUCCGUGCGAGGGAAUGUGGUGGUGGAAACACUGCACAGGGCCCAGCUUCGGGGCCAGCUUCCCUCCUCCCCAGCCCAUGCUGACUCUGCCGGGGAAAGCCCCUGGGAGUCCUCAGGGGAGGAGGAAGAAGAGGGGCCUCUGUUCCUGAGAGCUGGCCACACAUCCCUGCACCCAAUGCGGGCUGAGGACAUGCUCAGAGAGAUCCGGGAGGAGCUGGCCAGCCAAAGGAUUGAGGGUGCCGCGGAGCCCCGGGACAGCAGGCCACGGAAGCUGACUCGGGCCCAGCUGCAGAGGAUGCGGGGGCCCCACAUCAUUCAUCUAGACACCCCUCUGUCCACAUCAGAGGUGUGAGGAAGGCAGAGGACCUUCGGCAUGCAUCUCUCCCAGAGGAGAUCUCUCCCCAGUAGUGCUGGUCACCCUCCGGCAUCCGUGACUCUACCUCAAGGACCACAUUUCCCAAAGGAAGCCUGGCCCAGGCACCCUGCCUCCGGCUCUGAGGACUUUGGGGAUCAAGAACUGUAAAUUUAUGUAUCAUAGGUACACCUAAGCCCCACAGAAAGUUGUGCAUAAAAAUGGCUGCCCUGGCUGGGCAUGCCUGCCUGUAAUCCCAGCACUUUGGGAGGCUGAGGUGGGAGGAUCCCUUGAGCCCAGGAGUUCCAAAACAGCCUGGGCAAUAUAGGGAAGCCCUGUCUUUAUAAAAAAUAUUUUUAAAAAUUA